GGCACAAUCUUCCACGAUGGACGAUGCGGCUUUCAGGCCACAGAACUACAGCCGCCCCUUUUCCCGACAAGCGGCUGAGGAGCCCACGCGUCCUCCCCUAGCAGUGCUGCAGCUUGCGCCAUCCAAGAAGCACGCUGGAAGGUCAGAGUCUCUUCCUCAGUCGGCCUCUGCUCCUAUACUUACUCAGGCACAAUGUCAAAGCAGUCGGGCAAAAUCGACACCUCUUCGUCCCGAAACAGCUUCCUCUUCAGGCUUGAAGUCAUCAUACCCUAGCUUUCGUUCUUUCUGGAGCCACGGAAGGCCGUCCACAUCGUCAUCGAACGAUUCGACACAAAGCCGCGCCUCGGUCAAAUCCUUUCGAUCAACUUCAUCACAUUCGCCCCUGUACAUGUUCAAGAAUGCCAUGAAGUCCGGGAAGCAACUGCCGUUUGAGCAGCCUUCUCUCACGGAUGAGCAAUUCGAGACGUUCGCGAAGCUCACAACGGACCAACAACUUCUCCGCAAGCCGGGGACAUGGAGAAAGGUUGUUGGUCGCUUCGUGUACUUCACACUCAUACUUUGCUUCAUAUACUUCUUUCUGGUUGGCAAGCCCCUAUGGGACGGCGCAAUCGUCUGGUUCUGGCGCUUCUACCACGGCGAGCUUGCCAACCACUCGAUAUGGGGAAUGUUCGCCUUCAUUAUUGCUGGUACGCAUAGGAACAUUCUUCCACAGCUGCUGUGUACUUUCGACAGGGGAAUACCAGGCUCGGAUCCAGAGAAGCCGAGGGAUGCGUCAGAAUGCUGCAUCGUCAUCCCAUGCUACAAGGCCGCGGAGACGCUACGCGCCACGAUCCCGGCGUGCCUGAAGAUCUUCCGCCCAGAGCAGGUCUUUAUCAUCGCCAACGGCAACUCGCCCACGCCGCUAGACCACACAGCAGACGUCUGCGCAGAGUUCGGCGUCCGCCAUUUCUGGGUCCCUGUUGGUAGCAAAAUUACCGCCGAGUUUGUUGGUGUCGCUGUGGCCAGAGAAUACAAGUAUGUCAUGCUCAUCGACGACGAUGUCCUUCUUCCAGAGAACCUCCCUUUGCCGACGCAUCAUUUUGAUGAUUGCGACGCGAAAAACAGGGUGGCUUGUGUUGGAUACACCAUCAAAAGCGUCGGAUCUAAUUCGUCGCGGGGGACUCUCAUGCAGCAGGCACAAGACUUCGAGUACAAAGUCUCGGGGCUUGCAAAGGUGCUGCAGACGCAUUAUGGAAGUGUCGUCUUCCCGCACGGAGCCAUUGCCCUUUGGCGGCGGGACGUGCUUGAGAAGAUCUUCCACGCCCAUCCAGGAUAUCACAUUUCAGAGGAUUGGUACCUCGGUCACACAGCUAGAGCCGCUGGUUACCGUAUGGUCAUGAACUCGCAGAUCUUCGUCGAAACCGAGACGCCGCCUAGUCUAUUCCCGCCUAUUUUCCGACGCAAAGGCGACGGCGGGUCGAGGGGUGGUUAUGGCGAGAUGAGCAUUUACAAACAGCGGUUCUACCGAUGGAACUUCUUCUUCCUGUUCCGCAUAUACAACAACUUUCUGUAUAUUCUGUUGAGUUGGAGGCUGGGGUGGCGCGAGAUUAUCACCAAGAUUUACGUCUUUGGCGAGUGCUACGACUCGUUGAUCCGCCUGAUCGCCCCCGUGGUCUUGCCGAUUGCUCUCGUCGCGAGCUGGAAGCUGACGCUCACUGUGACCGCCGCACUCAUGGUUGUCAACUGGGGUAUCAUCUUGUUCUUCAAUCUUAUUCAUCUGGGGCUGUUGCGCAGAGGUCGACCGGACAACGAACAGGUCCCGUGGAUUGCAUUCUUCCCGUACAUUUGGCUCAAAUUCGCCAUGGUUUGGGUCAAUGUGGCGAGCGUCUACUGGAGCAUCUACGAGUACGCCUUCUUCUUCACGCAGCAGCAUCUCAUGGUGACAGAGAACGUCUUGGCAUGGCAAGUCAUCCGCGAGAGCAAUCGCGGUACAGUGCAAGUGUUGGCGGCAGCGGAACCGUCUGUUCUAAAAGCCUAG